AGAUGGCGCGUGCUGCUAAUAUGUGUUCACAAGAGUGCCUCUAAAGAAGAAGAGCGUCUGAUCGGUACGUGGGCUUUCCGGUGGCUGCCUGUAAAUUAUGGCGGCCCUGUGUAAGCCGGAGACUCAAGUGAUCGACCGUAGCGGUCCCCUGCCCGGUCGUGUGGUGCUCGAAAGAGACGAGGAAGUCGGGCGCAGCAGCGACUGCAGCAUAUGUGUGCGUUCCGUCAUGGUUUCUAGGCGCCACGCCGUCUUCAGACGCGACGCGUCGGGUCAGUGGCGAGUCGCGGACGACUCGAGCAUGAACGGUGUGUACGUGAACGGCCAGCGGGUCGAGGCGGAGAGGCCGCGGCUUCUGCGACAGGACGAUGUGGUAUCGCUGGGUCCGCCGCAGCGAACGAACGUAGUUUUUCGAUUCGCCACAGACGAGCCUCGGCACCGAGGUGGCGACGCGGGUCAACGCCCCAGGGACGCUACCACCUCUAGACCUCGCGCGUUUCUCAUUCUGAUCGGCGGCGCCAACCUGCCUCCCAAAGAGCUCGACAGUGGCAUCAAAGUCUCUCACAGGGCGGCGGUGCCCGCGUCUGACGAAAGCGAAAGUGACUCCUCGCCCGUUCUACCCUCGGACAGAGACAACAACAACGUGUUCGUACAGCCCGGUGCGUCGCCCAGUGGCUUCGCAGUGGCCGGCCGGAGUGACGCCUUCUCCAAGCACAGCAAGAAGAUCAGGCUGUCCGCGAGCGACUGCGUAGUGCGCAGGUUGGAAAGCAUCAUGGAGAACGAGCUGACGUGCGCGAUUUGCAGCGAGCUGUUCGUGGACGCCGCCAUGCUGCAGUGCGGUCACACGUUCUGCUCGUACUGCAUUCACAACUGGAGGCAGCAGAAGAACGUGUGUCCCUUCUGUCUCGCCGCAAUCGGCUCGGUCACGCGGUCCUUCGUCGUGGACAACAUCAUCGACGAACUGGUUUGCUUCAACCCCGAGCUUAAGCGUUUUCGGGAGGCUCUAGCGCACUCCAGAUCGGCAGCUUCGUAUGGUGACUCUUCGAAGAAUUGA